AUGGAUAAUUAUAAAAAUAAAUUCCAUAAAAAUGAAAUUUCUAAUAUAGGGAGCUAUAAAACUGAUUAUAAUUCAAUUUAGGCCAAUACUCCUAUAUCAGAAAAUAGCUAAAGUAUUAUGCCUUUAAAUCAUAAUGAUGAAGAUAAGCACUCAUUUUUUUUAGAGGGCCCUUUUAUUAGAUAAAUAUAGAACUCUAAUGGAAUUUAGUAAAAUAUGAUAAAUAUGAAAACAGUGCCUACAUAUAGCGGAGAUCACAAUCAUUUAAGAGGAGCUGAGUAAAGAAAAAGAUUAUUUGUUCAACAUAGGAAUUCAGAUCUUUCAGAUUAAGUUAAGCAAUAAGAUGAAGAAUAGUAAGAAGUCCACUCACCAUCUCUUACUUCGAAAUCCUUCAUAUUCAGAGAUUAAGAUAAUGUGGAUGACAUAAAUGACAAUAAGGCAGAAAUUUCAGGUUUUAUUAAAAAGAGAAUCAAAAAGUAGAAAUCUAACACGGCUUUUGAAAAUAAUUUUGACUCCUCUUAAAAAAAAAUGUAAUUAUAAGGUGAGUAAUAAAAGAUAAAAUCCUAAACAGAAAUAGGACAAGUAUCAAUUGAGAGCAAUAAAAAAAAUGUGAUAAUAAAUGGUAGCACAAAAGCAGAAAAUUAGUAACAGAACUCUAGCUCUUAGCUAGGAGCUUUUUCGGCAUAGAAUACUAUCGCUAAAAACAGUAUUGGGUUUAAUGAAGUAAACGAUAAAAUAAAAGGAAGUAAUCCGUCAUCUAACAAUUAAUCUUUUGUAGAACUUUAAUAAAUUUAACUAAAUAGUAACUUAGGAAAAGGGCAAAUACUUUAGGAUUUAAACAAUGCCAAGAGCAGUUUAAGCAAUGCAUUUAAUGAAAAUGUAGAUAGGAAUGAUUUUGAUGCAAGUAUUCUUAAAAAUAAGGAUAUUAGCAUACAUCAGUCUGAUAGCGCUCUAAAUUUAAAUGCUGCAAUUAUUCCAAAAAAUUUGAAUUCAAAUAGUUUAAAUUUUAAUCAAUUUGACAUUAAAACAUUAGAUGUAGGGAAUGGAAAUUAGCUGAACUCUAGAAAUAUGAGGAGAGGUAGUAAUUUAUUGGAAAUACCUUCACCUUCUUAAAUAGCAACUUACUCGAAUCAAAAUAAUACAAUUUAAAGGAGAAAUUCUGAUAAAAGCUAAAUUAGUUAAAGGACUUAAAAUAAAACCAAAAAAAGAAAUUUCUUAAAAGCAUUUUAUUUCACUUAUAAAUUCCUUUAAAUUAUGAGGUUUGUAAGAAAAUAUAAAAACAUAUAUAUGCUUGAGAAGAAGCAUUUUAAACUUAUCAAAGACAAUGCAUUUGGUGGAUUAUAUGAAAGGCUAGGUUAGCGAAAUACUUUAACAAAGAUAUUUUCAAAACUUUCAUAUUAUUUGUUUGAUAUCAAGUCUCCUUUUCAUGCUUUUUAGCCUACUUCGCUCCCUUUGCUUAUUUUUGAAUUUUCAAUUUUGAUAAUUCUGCUCUUUUUAACAUUUUACAUUCCUUUAAAAGUUUGUUUUUCGAAUGCAGUAGACUUUCAUGAACCAGAAAACCUCACUACAUUCAUAGGAAUAGUACCAUACUUAUUAAUGCUUGAGAUGAUAAUAAACCUCAAUACAGCUUAUUUUAGUCAAGGGACAACUAUUGUUGAUAGGAAACUAAUUAUAAAAAGAUAUUUUAAAUUUAAAUUUUGGAUAGAUAUAAUAUCUAUUAUUUGCUUAGAUUAGUCAAGUAUAAUCCCUUUAGUUUUUAUUAUUAGAGUAUAUCAAAUAUUUAAAAUUCUUUACGAUUUCGAUGAAAGCUUCUAAAUAUAAUUCAAAUUCCCCACAACCUUUGAGCUAACUAAGCUAUGUUUUAUCAUUUUAUAUGUUGCUCACAUCUUUGCCUGUGGAUUUAAGCUUAUUUUGAAUUACCAAUCUAACGAAUAAGAAACCUGGAUUGCCAAAACAAACGUUUUCCAUAAAUCUUGGAUUGAAAUAUACAUAGCUGCAUUAUACUUUGCCUUUACAACUAUGAUAACAGUUGGUUUUGGUGAUAUCGUUCCAUACAGUUUGAUUGAAAGAGUUUAUGUAAUCAUCAUGUAACUUAUAAGCUGUGGUGUCUUUGCUUAUGCUAUCAAUACAAUAGGAAGCAUCUUUUAAGAAAUAGCGAGAAAAAGUGCUGAGUACAGGCAAUAAAAAUAAGAAAUAAUUGAUUAUAUGAUGAGGAGAAAAAUAACAAAACAAACUCAAAUAAAGGUUUUGAAGUAUUUAGAGUACAUCCAUUCAUCAUCAGAUGCUGGUCAUUAAAAAGGCUAUGAAAUACUUAACCUUCUUUCUAAAAGAUUAAGAGACGUUGUAUAUAAGGAAUACUAUGGCAGGAUUUUAAUUUAGUAUAAGCUUUUUAACAGGAAAUUUAGUGAAAAGUUUUUAAAAACUUUAAGUUUGUAUAUGAGAGAGUAAACUUUAGGACCUGGUGAGGUUUUAUACAACGAAGGCGAGUUGGACCAAAGAUUAUUUUACGUUCAAAGUGGAGAAAUUGAACUUUACACAGAUUUGCAAGAAAAUGGGCAUAAAGACCUUAUGCUUCACAUCUUAAAAUAAGGCGACUAUUUUGGCUAAUUCUAAUUUCUUGGUAACAUUACCAGUAAAAACGCAGCUAGAAGCCUUAAUGUUUCUUAAAUUGUUUAUUGUACUCUUGAAGACUUUAUUUCUGUGAUAAGAUAGUUUCCUAACGAUUUUGAAGUUUAUUGCUCAAUGAAAGACAGUAUUAAUUUCAGUGAUGAAAAACUUGAUGUGAUGUGCAGUGGAUGUGGAAGAUAUAAUCACUAAGUCCAUAAUUGCCCACUUCUACAUUAUGAAAUUGAUAAAGAAGCUCAUAUUAGAAGAUAUAUUCAUUCAGAUCCUCAAAAAAGAGAUGAAAACUUUUCCAGGGUCAAACCGUAUUUUUCUAAAUGGGCAUCAAAAAUGUAAAUUCAAACAAAUAGAGAAGCUGCUCCACCUAGCAGUAAAAAAAGAGAUAAAAACUUUUAAUACUAAAGAUUCAAUGUAAAAAGAGAAUAUUAUGAUUUGAGAAUCGCACUAAGAAUGCUGCGUAUCAGGCUUAGAGAUUCUGAAGAAAAAAAUUUAUCAGAAGAGCAAUUAUAAAAAAUAUACAACGAACAAGAUGACAGAAAAUUUAUUCUAGAAACAGAUGUUCCUAAUUGCUAUUCUCUAUAAAUUCAUAGACAAAAAAACAUUUUGAGCAAAAGGAAUGGACAAGACGAUGAUGAUAAUGAUGAUGAAGAAGAUGAUGAUUUAUACGAAGAAGAAUUUGCUGAUUAUGAAGAUAUUAUGAACAAUGACCACUCUUAAGCAACAAACUAAAUUUAUAACAACAUAAAUCAAUAAUCCUAUUAGAAAAUGUCUACCUUAAAUUCAUAAAUACAUGUUCCGACAGAAAAAUCUUUAUAUAUAAAGAUGCCAAGUGAACAUAACUUUAAGGCUUCAGGAACUACCUCUAAAGUGAUGGAAGAAUCAAGUGAAGACUACGAUGAUGAUGACAGCAAUGAUAAUAAAAAAAUUACUAGAAGCGGUAAUCUUGAUAAAAAUAACUAAAAUGCUAAUAGAGAUGAAAAUAUAGUUAAUCCACCAAGAAAACAAUCAAAUUAACAUUAUAAUAGGCAAUAAAAUAGUAAUGAAUUUAAUUAAUAGUUUGCAGAUGAAGAUAUAGCAUAUCAAUAAAAGAGUGUUUUUUACAGAGGCCAUGAAUAAGGCUAAGCAGUUUCUCCAAGCCCGACAGGCAGAUACUAGAAUAGACAUAAAACUUUAAACCCUUCUUCUUUUAAUAACUUAAGUUAAAAUGUAGAAACAUAUUUUAAAGGUAGCUAAAACGAUAAUAACCCUUCUUCAAUGAGUUCUCUUGCCCUACAACAAUAGUAUUCAAAAAGAAAAGGAACUGUUUUAAGUUCAAUUCACCAAGGAUCAUCAAAGCUUAAACAGCAAGGCAGCUAGGAUUUUAGUAUCAAUAUUUAACGAACAGGAACAUUAAAUAGUAAAGGCUUUGCAAAAAAUAGUAGUAAAAAAUUAUCUGAGAGGAAUAUUUUAUCUAGAUCAAAUACAGGAAAAUUAUCUAAAAAGGAGUCGACAAAAGAUCAAUCCAAAUUAAUACAGCCUUCACUGACUUAGUUAGCUAAAUUUGCAAAUACAAUCAGAGAUAAUUAUUCAGAAAAAAUCAAUAAAAACUAAAAUGGAUCUUAAUAUUCUUCUUAGUAAGACUAGAAUUUAAUGUUUUGUAUCAUGGAUUUUGAGAAACAAUGUGAAUUUGUUCAUUAUUUACCAUGGAACAACAUCUCCAUGGUUUUGAAAUCUUUUAAAAAAAUAUACAAAUCGAGAUAAGAAUAGAUAUAUGCAAACAAUAAAUCAGUUAAGACUUUUAAAACACUUAAAACUAUGAAAAUGAACGGUAAUAGCUAAGUUGGAAAAAAGGCUUUUAUGGACACUCCUUUAAAUUUAGCCUAAGGAAAUAUGCUUUAUAACAAUCAUUAAUCAGGAACAAUUAACUAUUUUGGCAACUAAUAAAGCUUCUAUGGUAAUUGCAUACCUUAAGAUAAUAGUAACUAAAAUAGUAAUUUGUAAAACUAAGUAGCUCAAGACAAAGGAGUAAUCACAAUUAAUGUACCAUAGAAUGAGUCACCACCCUCAUCUAAUUUCAAACCAGAAAAAAAAUAACUCUAAAUAUCUUUUAAAUUAUAAUAAUGA